AUGCCGUUCUCCAUCACCGUCUUGUCGAUCGCCCGCGCGUACGCCACUGCCGCCUCCACCGCGGUCCAGCCCUGGGUGGCGCAGGUGUCGAUCAAGCUCGGAUCGCUCGAGAUCUUGCGCGACGCCUCGAUCAAGGGAGAUACAAUCUACUUCCCGCACGACGGGCCAAAGGAAGCGGCGGCCACGCUCCGCGAGGCGGCGUGGCUGCGGGGCGCCGACUACCGCGUGCUGUUCGUGGGCGCGGACGAUAAGCACGACAAGCUCGCCCAGUGGCUGCUCAAGCGCAACGACAUCCAGGUUUGCCCGCAUCGGUGCCACAAUUACUUGGCGCUGUACGCUGCCAUCGACAGGGCGAUGGGCAACCCCAAGGUGACGGACGCGCCUUCAUUCGACGCGGUGCGGAGCGAGCUCGGUGACAUUGGUGCGGGACUGGUCGCCGAUGCGCGCCACACAACCACCGGGCUUGCGCAAGCCGUCGAGGCCACCGCCCAGGCAAGUGCCGAUGACGUGGCGCAGGUGGCCAACCCGGAGGAAGCGGACGCCUUCUCUCGCGUCGUGCUGCUGUCAUCCUCCGACACGCUGCCUGACUCGGCGCUCUCCCGUCUCAACGCCUUCACCGCAGGGCUGACGUCGCGUGGCGGCUCCGAUCAUCUCGACCCAUCCGCCGACGCCGCCGAGGGUGCAGCUGAUGCAGCUGCAGACGGCGCAGCUGAUGCGGAUGCAGCUGACGCAGCCUCGGCGGCGUCGCAAGCUGACGCAGCCGCGAGGAACGAGAGCGCCGGCGAUGUCCACGUGCGGCGUGCCGCGCGUUCGGACGAGCCGCUCUCCGAGUUCAACGGCAACGGGCUCAACUUGAUGCGCAUCUUCCGCGCCAUCUGCCCGCUCCUGCGCUACCAGGAGAGCACGCGAGACGACGGAACGAGGCACAUCCGCUCGUGGCCGCUGCAGGCCAACGGCACGCUCUCUGCCGCCGACACUCAGCAGGCGGUGGCGCGACGAGUUCGGCUCCUGCCCGUCCUCCGUCGGAUGGGCGCCGCUCAGCGUGAUGGAGAUGCGAGCCGCACACGCAAGGAGUACUCAGAGGCGGUGGCGCUUGUGCACCGGAUGCACUACCUGCUCGUGGGCGCGCCAGGCACCGGCAAGAGCUUGCUCCUACGCGCGCUGCUGCAGCUAAUGGACGAGGAGGACCUGGGCUGCGCCAUCUUCUCGGCGUACACCGGCGUCGCGGUGACGGCGCUGCCGCUGCCCGCUGCCACGUACUGCAAGCUCACCGGCAUCCCUGGCGACGCGGGCUCGACGCUCGAGGAUCUGCCGGCGGCUUCUGACCGAGCGCAGCGGACGUUCAACGCAAUCGUGGGCGACGCGCACCGCCUCAUCAUGAUCGUGCUGGACGAAGCCUCGUUCCUUGGCACGCCGCACCUGCACCACCUCGACCAGCGGCUGCAGCUCUCAUCUCUCUCCAGUACUCGAACUUCGAUAUCUCUCUCGACUCUCGUCUCUCGACACUCGACGAGGCGAGGCGCAGGCGGGACAACCCUGUGCGUGACGCCUUCUGUUCACGACGCAACGGCGCGGUCGAGCGUGUCGCGCAGGUAG